CAGAGCAGUGUCUCUUUCUCAGUGACAUUCUUCCUCCUCAUUCUGUUCUUCCUGCGUGGCCGUCGGUCUGCUCUCUGACUCUGUCUGUAUCAUUGCUGAACUUCCUCACUGCAGGUUUUGGGAAGAAUCCUUUUCCCUCUUAGUUGUAACGAACAGCCGUUAAUAAAGCCAGGAACUGGAAGAAAGAGAGAAAGAGAGAGAGAGAGAGGGAGAGAAAACUCCUGAGCAAACAGUUUGGGAGGAAGCUCGCAGUGUGUAUAAACUAACAUUUUACUUUCUUUUUUUUUUUUUUCCCUUUAAUUUUUUAUUUUUGUUGUCUUGUUUUUCUCCACCCAACGAUGUGUCCCCUUUUCAUGAAAGGACUCUGUGCCGUUCUGCUCCACAUGCCUGAGGAAGGAGGUGACAGAGAAACAUAGACUCAAAACUCCCUUUACACCUGAGACAACACACAGCCCCCUGUGGUCCACACACCAGACAGGCUGCUGUAGUCCAGUCCGGCCCAUAUCAGUGAUGAGUCACGUCAAAGGGUGAAGUUCACAGAUGAACGCGUGUGUAAAAGUCACCUGCUGAACUGCUGCCCACACGACAUUCUCUCUGGAACAAGGAUGGAUUUGGGGGAGUGCAGUAAAAUCCAUGACCUGGCCCUGCGUGCAGACUAUGAAAUCGCCUCUAAAGAAAGAGAUCUGUUCUUUGAGCUGGACGCAGUGGAUCAUUUGGAGUCGUUUAUUGCUGACUGUGACCGUAGGACUGAACUGGCCAAGAAACGGCUGGCAGAGACUCAGGAGGAGAUCAGUGCUGAGGUUGCAGCUAAGGCGGAGAAAGUGCACGAGCUGAAUGAAGAGAUUGGGAAGUUGUUGGCCAAGGCAGAGCAGCUGGGCGCUGAUGGCAACGUGGACGAAGCCCAGAAAGUUCUUCAGGAGGUGGAAAAAGUCCGCAGCAGGAAGAAAGAUGCAGAGGAAGAAUACAGGAACUCAAUGCCUGCAUCCAGUUUCCAGCAGCAGAAGUUGCGUGUGUGUGAGGUGUGCUCAGCAUACCUGGGUCUCCAUGACAACGACCGUCGUCUCGCUGACCACUUUGGCGGGAAAUUGCAUCUCGGCUUCAUCCAGAUCAGAGAGAAACUUGAGCAGCUGAAGAAGACAGUGCUGGACAAACAGGAGAGAAGGAACCAGGAGAGACUGAGGAGACGAGAGGAGAGAGAGAGGGAGGAGCGGAUGAGGAGGAGGACUAGGUCUCGCAGCCGAGAACGCAGGAGGUCUCGCUCUCGGGAAAGGCACAGGCGGCGUUCACGCUCCGUCUCUCGGGAUAAGCGGCGUUCCCGGUCACGCUCCAGAGAGAGACGCAGACGCCACCGCUCCCGCUCCAGAUCUCGCUCCCGCAGCAAGAGUCACAGACAUAGCCGAGAACACUCACACAAGUCGUCACGUGAUCGGUCCCGUGAGCGUUCCCGGCGGCGCGGCUCAUCCGAAAGACGGCAGGACGGUGUGAACGGACGGACAGACGCGCGUCGCACAGAUGACAGAGAGGUCGGAGAGAUCUGACCGCCCCACUGUUCACCCCAGCAACCAGUGCCGUUACCGCGGCAACGCUUUUGCAGUGCUGUGAUUGUGAAAUUCUCUCCCUGUUCAGCCCAUCUCACACACACACACACACACACACACACACACACACACACUCCAUCCCUGCAUAACCGUCCACCACAUCCUGACGUCCCUUCUCCCCACCCUAUAUUUAUGAAUUAGGUCUCAAAGUUGUGCCCUGUUGCCUCAUGGGCUUUGUAGUCUCUAGACAAAUUGCUUUUGACAUCUUCUCCUUGUGCAUGUAUGUGUGUGGAACAGUAAGUCUUUCUAAAUUUGACGGCGCCUUGUAAAGUUUCUGUCAACAGAGGUGACUUUGUUUUCAUCUUUUUCUUUUUGAUCUUUUUGUGUUGGUUUGUAGGGGGUUUGGGGCAGGCUCUGGUUCUGGAGAUAUUCUGUGUGUGUGUGUGUG